UAUUUAUCGGAACUUGAUUAUUUUGGUAUAUCUCCAUCUCGACGUUAAACCGCAUAUUUGACAAAGCAGUUUGUGGUCACAUCUUAACACAGGUGUUAAAUAAAACAGCUUUAAGAAAGCUCUUCUUUUUUUUUUUGUAAGCAAAAAAGUCUGAAUUCAUCUAAAAGAAUCAUUUAUUCAAUAACAAACGCAACAAAACACACACAAAUGAUGCAAAAAUACGAAUUUUGAUUUUAAGUUAUUCGUUUAAUUAAUGUGAUAGUGUGUGCUAUGUGACCAAUGCUUUUGUUGUUGUAAAUGUGCAAAGAAUCAAUUACAAGCAAAUCGAGCAGCUCGAGCAGUAAUCAAAAAAAGAAAAGAAAAACAACAAAAAGCCCAACUUUAUCUGCUACAUUAAGGACAACAUCGUUUUCUUUGAGCCUAACCAUGAUGACACCAUUUGAUGAUUUUAUCUAUUUAAUUAAUCACGUGCUGCUUGGCGAAGAACCGACUAUCGAGGAUUUCAUACUGCUUGUGGGCACAUUGGUGGCAUUCAUAGCAUUCAUACUGUGGUGCUGUUUUCCCAUACAGCCAAAGGAGCCGGGACAACAUCGUCAAUUUACAUGCAAGAUAAUACCGAAUCAUAUAAAGGCAUUUGAUGCUGCAGCCGCCGCCGCUGCUGCCGCUACCGUUACGAACAGCAGCGGCAGCACUGAUAAGGGAACCGGCAACAACAACAGCAGCGGCGGCGCCAACAACAACACAAACACAAAUACAAAUGGCAACAACGGGACGACGGGCAGUGGUGCCCAUAAUAAUGGCGGCAAUAAUCUUAGCCAAUACAAUGGCGCCGGCGGUGGCAGCAUCAGCGGCAGCUAUAGCAAAAACGGCAGUGUGGCCAUGCACAAUUAUUAUGUGAAGAGCGGCCAUCAUUGCUGCACCUAAUGGCAGAUGGCAAGGUUGCCACCACGGCGCAGCAGCUUUGUAGUUUAAAAUCUUAGUUUACAAUUUGUGUAUGUGUUUAAAUUUUUUUUUUUCUUUGUGUAAUUUAAGUUUGUGCUAUGAUUGUCAUAAUAAUUGUGCCAAUUUGUUGUUCAAAAAGCGCAGCUAACUUGAACGUUAUUCCCCUAAACUCGUCCCUUUACCCCAAACGAUAACACAACACUUGCCCCCUACACUCGAUACUUGAUACUCGAUACACUUGGGUGUUUGAAUAUAAUUCGCAAGCACAUUUGAAUUGUAAUUGCUCAGACUGAUUUGAUCGUGGCGAAAAGUCCAUGAUGACGUUGAAAUAUGAUUGAGAAAAUGAGAAAUGAAAAGAAUGAAAAGUAUGACGCAAAAGUUUUUAAAACUUCCUUCAUUUAGUAACAAGUAUAUAUAUAUAUAUAUAUUUAUAAUUGUAUUGUAUU